AUGGGUGCUUUAGACGUUAUUACCAGAAAGUCCGGUGUUAUUGUCGGUGACGAUGUUAGAAACUUGUUCCAAUACGCCAAGGAACACAAGUUCGCUAUCCCAGCUAUUAACGUCACUUCCUCUUCUACCGUUGUUGCUGCUUUAGAAGCUGCUAGAGACAACAAGUGUCCAAUCAUCUUACAAACCUCCAACGGUGGUGCUGCUUACUUCGCUGGUAAGGGUGUCUCUAACGAAGGUCAAAACGCUUCUAUCCAAGGUUCCAUUGCUGCUGCUCAUUACAUCAGAGCUAUUGCUCCAGCUUACGGUAUCCCAGUCGUCUUACACUCUGACCACUGUGCUAAGAAAUUAUUACCAUGGUUCGAUGGUAUGUUAGAAGCUGAUGAAGCUUACUUCAAGGCCCACGGUGAACCAUUAUUCUCCUCUCACAUGUUAGAUUUAUCUGAAGAAACUGACAACGAAAACAUUUCUACCUGUGUCAAGUACUUCACCAGAAUGGCUGCCAUGCAACAAUGGUUAGAAAUGGAAAUCGGUAUCACCGGUGGUGAAGAAGAUGGUGUCAACAACGAACACGUUGACAAGGCUGCUUUAUACACUAAGCCAGAACAAGUUUACGCUGUCUACAAGGCUUUAUCUCCAAUCUCUCCAAACUUCUCUAUUGCUGCUAGUUUCGGUAACGUCCACGGUGUCUACGCUGGUACCAUGGCUUUGGCUCCAGAAAUCUUAGCUGACCACCAAAAGUACACUGCUGAACAAAUUGGUGCUCCAGCUGGUUCUAAGCCAUUAUUCUUAGUCUUCCACGGUGGUUCCGGUUCUACUGAACAACAAUUCCAUACUGGUAUUGACAACGGUAUUGUCAAGGUCAACUUAGACACUGACUGUCAAUACGCUUACUUAAAGGGUAUCAGAGACUACGUCUUAAACAAGAAGGACUACUUAAUGUCCAUGGUUGGUAACCCAACUGGUCCAGAAGCUCCAAACAAGAAGUUCUUCGACCCAAGAGUCUGGGUUAGAGAAGGUGAAAAGACCAUGUCCGAGAGAAUUGCCGAAGCUUUCGGUGUUUUCAGAACCAAGAACACUUUAUAA